CUUGGAAUUGGUGGAAUUUCGUAAUUUUCUGUCAACCGGAGGGCAAUUUGGUUGACUUCCGACAAAGGGCGGUCUUCCGAUCUUUUCGAAAUUUCUAGGCGUGGCUUUGAAGAUCCGCGGCUCAUAUUAUUCACUCGCCGCGGCGGACUUCUCGCGGGAAAUUGUCAAAAACUCGGCGAGGAACAGGUCAUACGCCGAUUUCGAAGCUAAAAAAAGGGUCCCUGCUUGGAGGAUUUUCCACAUCAUAACAUCCAUUCUCUCUUUCUCUCUCACAUGAACGAAGCAAUUCUCACGACUCAGGAGAGCCCCAGACACAAUAACUUUCGUUUUGUUUAGGCUAUGAUGGAUUUUGGGCCGCAUUAUUUUGAACUAAACACGGGUGCGAAGAUGCCGUCCAUCGGAUUGGGGACUUGGAAAGCCCCACCGGGUGUGGUUGGUGAUGCCGUCAUUGCCGCCGUUAAGGCUGGUUAUAGACACAUAGAUUGUGCCAGAGUGUAUGACAAUGAAAAAGAGGUUGGGGCAGCUUUGAAGCAGCUAUUUUCUAAUGGUGUAGUUAAACGGAGUGAAAUGUGGAUUACAUCCAAGCUGUGGUGUAGUGACCACUCACCAGAGGAUGUCUCAAAGGCACUUAGCAAGACAUUAGAAGACUUGCAACUUGACCAUGUUGAUUUGUAUCUAAUCCAUUGGCCAUUCAGGUCGAAACCCGGCUCACGAGGGUGGGAUCCAGAAUCGAUGCUCCCCCUAUGUCUUCCGGACACGUGGACAGCGAUGGAGGGCUUGUUUGCAUCGGGACAGGCACGUGCGAUCGGUGUGAGCAAUUUCUCAACGAAGAAGCUACAGGACAUGUUGACAUAUGCUAAGGUGCCGCCAGCUGUCAAUCAGGUGGAAUGCCACCCUGGAUGGCAGCAACCUGGCCUCCACAACUUUUGCCAAUCCACGAACGUCCAUCUAACCGCAUAUUCACCGUUAGGAUCUCCAGGAUCUUGGAUCAAAGGUGAGACAUUGAAGGACCCAACCCUAAUUGCCGUUGCGAACAAGCUCAACAAGUCACCUGCUCAAGUCGCUCUCCGUUGGGGAAUCCAGAGUGGGCACAGCGUCCUCCCGAAGAGCACGACGGAAUCUAGAAUCAAUGAAAACAUCAAUCUGUUCGACUGGUGCAUCCCUCAGGAUCUCUUCUCAAGCCUCUCCUCGAUACCACAGGCAAGGCUCCUCCGUGGAGAGUUCGCAACCCAUGAAACACGUAGUCCUUACAAAAGCCUUGAAGAACUUUGGGACGGUGAGAUAUGAUAUGCUACUUCUUCCUCCCUCUCCCUCUCCCUCUCCCUCUCAAAAGGUGAUACGGAGUAUAAUGAAGGUGGAUUUGGAUUUGUAACAAGUGAUUUGUUUUGUUAUCCUCCAUAUAGACAAUUCUUUGAAAUUAAGAAUUUCUCAAGAAACUAUUGAUCUCUGCCUGCUGGCCUAUGUAUGUUUUGUUGAAUAAAUCACACCAAAUCAAUUAUACUAAUCAUGAUUAUCAUAUAUUGAGUAGGAAGGUUUGUUA